AUGACGACCCGGAGACCACGGCUCUUCAUGACGGGCGCGGCGGGAUACGUCGGCUCUGUCCUCACCGAGCUCGCCCUCGCCGAAGGGUACGACGUCCACGGCCUCUCCCGUUCGGCGACGAGCGACGAGAAGCUGCUGCGACUCGGUGCCGUUCCCGUGCGCGGCGACCUCACGUCGGUCGAGGUUCUCCGUCGGGAGAGCGCCGAGGCGGACGUGGUCAUCGGGUUGGCCACGGCCUGCGCCGUCGCCCAGGGUAGCGGCGGCGACGAGAUCAUGGCCAUCGACGAAGGCGCCCUCGACGCCCUCGGCGACGCCCUCGCCGGCACCGACAAGCCGCUCGUCCUCACGUCGGGAACGCUCGCCGUGGCGGCCGACCCGUCGGGGGCCGAGACGACGGAGACGUCCCCGAUGGACCCGAACCCCGACAACCUCCGUACGCGGUACGAGGCCUACGCCCGCUCCCUCGCCGACCGCGGCGUUCGCGUCGCCAUCGUCCGCCUCGCCCCCUACGUCUACGGUCGGGCCGGUAGCCGCAUCGAGCUCUUCAUGACCUUGUCCGCCCAGGCCGGCCGCGUUCCUUGCGUCGACGGCGGCCGCAACCACACGUCCAUCGUCCACGUCGACGACGCCGCCCGCCUCUACCUCCUCGCCGCCCAGCGGGCGAGUGCCGGCGAGGUGUUCAACGCGAGCGCCGCCACCGACGUGACGGCACGCCAGAUAUUCGAAGCCAUCGCCGCCGCCGUCAGCGUCCCGCUCCAGGAGGUCGCCUUGGCCGACGCCAAGACGGAGCUGGGCGAAGUCUUUGCCUACUUUCUGAGCGCCGACCAUCGCGCGUCCGGCGAGAAGGCGACGAGGGUCCUUGGCUGGCAGCCUCGAGGCAUGGGCAUCCUGCAUGAGAUAAACAAGGGCUCCUACCAGACGCUGGCCAGGACGCUGCGAAGCAACGACGUCUCGGGUGAAACGUGA